UUUUGGGGAUCCACUGGACCUUCUCAGCGACCUCUCUUGGGUCCUCGGACCAGACUUUGGGAACCCAUGCUCUAGACUCCUCGGGAAACUUCUGUGAGGACUGAGGAAAGGAAGUUGCAGCCCAUGUUUGGAAAUGUUCUCCCUGGGGCGCCGCUGCUACAGCCAGAGGGGAGACAGUCACACUGUUGAUCGCACAGGAUUUCUCUCCGGGACGAGAUCUAAACAUUAAUCCUUCACCAGUAUGGCUCAAGCAAAAAUACAGUCGAAAAUGAACGAACCUCCCUGCAGCAAGUUCAGCAGGACACUGUCCAUGGCAGACCGCUCCGGGCGACUGCUUGAGCAUUUGGAUCAGCUGGAAAUAAGGGUGGAGUCUUUGCGAGAAGCAGCAUCAGCCUUGGAGCAGGAAAGGGAGUGCAUCCUGGAAAUGAUUCAGUCCACUCUAAAUAGCCAAGAAAUACUCAACAUCUGUGCUGGAGAGAGAGAAGAGUUAACUUUAACUGCGAACCGUCUAAUGGGGCGUACACUGUGUGUGGAGGUCUCUGUUGGUACAAUUAGAAACUCCCAGCAGGAGGAGGCUCUGCGCAAGGCCACAUCUAUGAUAGACGAAAUUGUCAAGAAGUUAAUGGAUAACAUGGACGGCGCAAGACACCAGCUGCUGGCCCUGCACUCUGCCUGUGUGACCGAGGCACCGCCUGUCCCCAUCGACCAGAAGUUUCAGGCCAUAGUGAUCAGCUGCGCUCUGGAGGACCAGAAGAAGAUCAAGCGGAGGCUGGAGACUUUGUUGAGGAAUGUUGAAAAUGCUGAAAAGAAGAUCAAGAUCCUGGAUCACCAAAAACUGGAGGACCCAAAAGCCAACGGCAGUCAAUAAGACUCAUCACAGAAGCAUGAAAUGCGUCUUAAAAACCACUAAACUCACUAAGAACUGUUCUAAUCGUGUACUAACUGAAGAAGGACUCUACAUGUUGCAGCAAGACCAGUCCCUAUGGGAAGAUUACCUUACCUUAGGGUCAAAAAUAGAGUAAAGAACAAAAAUUCACUGAUACUAAAUGUGUGGUCACAUAUGCACAAAAGUGAGACAGAAAAAGAUACCGCCACAAAGGUAUAGUGCUCAUUGGUUGCAGAUUUAUUAGAGGGCCAGUGCUGACAAUCAACUCAUAAUAAAGUCACUAUAAUGCAUCGAUAGAUAGUCUACCAAGGUUUACGUAAUAAAACAGUGUAAAACCUGACUGAACGUCUGCACUAUACACAAAUAAAGACAGAAUAAGGUCAGAAAAUUGGCUCAAACUAUUAAGGUUUAUCCAAUUUGACACUCAAUCCAAUGUUUAUGUAUCUUUUCCUGUUUCACCGUCUCACUUUUUAAAUCAGUCACUUAGGAUUUUGGAUGUGCACACACUACCUCUUUGUGUGAAGGCAACACAAAUCACAUUAAGCUCUGGAUUUCAGCUCGUAUUUGCACAAAGCUAUUUUUACGACAGAUUAUGUGAAAUAAGUAAAUAAAAAACACACUGUGUAACAAGCA